AGCUGCGCGGGGGGGAGGAGGAGGAGGGGAGAGGGAGGGGAGAGCGAGGCAGGGAAGACAAUAAGUAAGGAAGGAGAGAAAGAGGGAGGGAGGCAAGGUGCAGCUGCCGCCUUGUCGCUCUGCGUUCUGUAGGCAGCGCGGAGGAGAGGACAGCCCUCGGCAGGCGCACCGGCAUGCUGAAAGUCACCAUGCCCUCCUCAUCCUCCUCGUCCUCCUCAUCCUCCUCCUCAUCCUCCUCCUCCGGCUCCUCUGCCGCCAGCCGCCCCGGCUCCGCCGCGCCCGACUACUGGAUCGAUGGCUCCAACAAGGACACCCUGGCUCACUACUUCGAGCUGGAGUCCGAGCUGGGACGUGGGGCUACAUCCAUUGUCUACAGAUGCAGGCAGAAAGGGACCCAGAAACCUUACGCCGUCAAAAUGUUGAAGAAGACAGUAGACAAGAAAAUUGUCCGCACUGAAAUUGGAGUUCUUCUUCGCCUUUCACAUCCCAACAUUAUAAAACUGAAGGAGAUAUUUGAGACCCCUACAGAAAUCAGUCUUGUUCUGGAGCUAGUCACUGGUGGAGAACUAUUUGACAGGAUUGUGGAAAAAGGGUACUACAGUGAACGAGAUGCUGCAGAUGCUGUCAAACAAAUCCUGGAGGCAGUUUCUUACCUGCAUGCAAAUGGGAUUGUGCAUCGAGACUUGAAGCCAGAAAAUCUACUCUAUGCAACACCAGCACCAGAUGCACCAUUAAAAAUUGCUGACUUUGGACUUUCCAAGAUUGUGGAAGAUCAUGUGACCAUGAAGACAGUUUGUGGAACUCCAGGGUACUGUGCACCAGAGAUAUUACGGGGAUGUGCCUAUGGCCCUGAGGUGGACAUGUGGUCCCUGGGGAUUAUCACCUACAUCCUACUUUGUGGCUUUGAACCAUUUUAUGAUGAAAGGGGAGAUCAGUAUAUGUUUAAGAGAAUCCUGAGCUGUGAAUAUGACUUUGUGUCCCCCUGGUGGGAUGAUGUGUCUCUGAAUGCCAAGGAUUUAGUUAGAAAGUUGAUUGUUUUAGACCCCAAGAAACGGCUCACCACUCUACAGGCUUUGCAGCACCCGUGGGUCACAGGGAAGGCAAUAAACUUUGCACAUAUGGACAACGCACAAAAGAAACUUCAAGAAUUCAAUGCCCGGCGUAAACUUAAGGCUGCAGUGAAAGCCGUGGUGGCCUCCACGCGCCUCGGCAGCGCCGGCAGCCACGGCGCCCAUGAUGGCCACAAGCCUGGCCAUGGCCUCGCGCCUGCUCAGGACACCCAGCCCACGGAGGAGCCCACUCAGGACGUGGCAGCCACUCCAGGAGAGAGGCUUUAGGUCGAUGCUGCUCCCGUGGUGGACGGGAUGUGUCAUUCCAUACACCAGCUACCUUCCCAUCCAGCAAGAGAGAUUAGUAAGCUUGGCCUCUCUGUUUCUGCUUCAGGGUGCCACGGUCCCGCCUGGUGAUCCUACCUUCAGUGCAUGUGACUGCUUAUGAAAAUAGUAAACUGUUCCAUUAGGCAUGUCAUGGAAACAGUGUAAUUUGCAGUAAUACCGGCAGGUGAAAACAUGGGGAUUAUUAACUAUCUACUAUAUGUGUAUACUUCAUCUAUAUAGUGUUCCUAGGGUGGUAUUUGAAGCAAAAUGCUGUUUUGUUUGGUUUUAUGGAAGUAGGUGUCUUAUCUGUGUUGUGAGUUUCUUUGAACUGUUUCUGUCCAGGUUCAUAAUCCUUCAGCAAACAAAAUGGAAGGACAUACCAAACCAAUGCUUUUAAAACUGAUGUAUGAAAUAAUGUUUUUUAUCUGUAAAAUUGAAAAAGUAUUUGGGGAUUUACAUGCAAAAAAAAAACCAAAACCAAAACAAAACAAAAAAGCAACAACGACAAAAAAGAAAAACAACAAAAUAACAAAAAACAACAUUCCACUACUUCUGAAAAGAAAUUGAAAUGGUUGUUCCACUGGCAUAAAAAUGUACAUUGUUCAAGCUUGCAUUGAGAAUGCCUUAUUCUGACUUUUCCUGUUUAUAUACAAUAUUUUAAUAACAACCAAAAUUACUCAGAUUUCUGUCAUUUCAUUCCACAGUAAAGUUUUAGCGAAACAAAACUAUAGACUAAACAAGGAUUAGAGUACAUGAAAAUUUUUGGCAUACCAUCAUAUUUAUUCAUUAAAAUUCUAAUCUGUAGCUAGAAGAUGUUUUAUAGGCCCUAAAGGAAUAAUCUGCAUUUAAAUAAGUUGUAAAUGUUUGAAAUAAGCUAUUCCACAAUUUACCGAUUUUGCUUUGGAAAAACACUUUUAUGCAAGGUCUGGGAGCAAGUAAUGUAAUCUAAUUGGUUCCUGGGUAGUUUAACCGCAUGAGUGAGCAGUUUCCAUUUGUAAUUAGCCCCCAUUUUCCUCACAAAGGACCCCUUCUGUUAAGUGCUCCACCAGCACUGAUCUUGCAUCCACUGAGAGUUAUGUCUUGAGUUAGCAGGUGUGUGCAUCAAUCAGCUUGCAAAAGUAGGGUCAGGGUCUUCAGCUAUCUUGAUAUUUUUGUUGAAUGUGGUUGAUAGGAACUGAAAAACUAAUGUGCAUCAGCGUGUAUGACCACUUGCACUUGUUUGUUAUCUAUUUGACAGCAUGUGACUAUUGUACUGAUAUAUUACAAAAACGGCAAAAAGAACCUGAUGUACAAAAACGUCAUUUGUGGUUGUUAAACUUUUUAAUACUGAUAGUUACCUGACAUCCUAAUACAAUCAUCAUUCCUCUUUAGCUUUAAUUGUUUUUAUGUUGCUGUUAGGCCUUGCACAACUUGCCUUGAAAAAAAUAUAGCAGCUACUGAAAAAUACAAGACUUUAAUAAAACAUUCAAUAACUACAUUUCCUGAUGAAAUAAAAGGGUAAUACAAUGUUAUUUGUAUGGUAGAUUUAAUAAAUAAAAUGUGCUCUAAAUUAAUAUAUAAAGGAGGAUUAAAGAUCCUGUCUUUACUGGGUGAAAAUGCAUGCUAAUGAAUCUAUUAUUCUUGAGAUUUUUUAUCCAUUUCUUAGAAGUCUUUGAACUUGCACAAAAACUUUUGCUAACUAAGAAGGGUUGAAAUUAAAACUAUGUGUAUUCAUUCAGUUUUCAAGGGACGCUUUGAGGUCAACUGAAACAUCUGGUGAGGGCAUAGCAGCUGUAUGCAAGCCAACACGACACUUUUACAGAUUUUUCUCUUGGAAACAAGUACAACAAGAUUAGUAACUUUGGAGAACAUCAUAGAUACAUCCUGUCUCACCUGUCUCACUUUUUACUAUCUGUCUUACCUCCUUUGAGGUCACUGCAGGAAAAAUGCAAUUCUCAGCCACUUUACUCCACCUUCUUAUACUGUGGUGAAGUAAUCCAAGUCCAGUCAGUUUGAUGGGAGAGGAUGGGCUUCUGUAACAUUUCAUCCUUUAUUUGGUUUAAUUUCUUCAAACCUGCAGAAGUGGAGUUGGCUGCACAGUAACUGCACAUCUAUGAGAGCUUGAGCACAAAUUCCUUUAUCUGAGGCAUGUUUUGUUGAGCUGAAAAGCCGUCCCAGCUGAUUCUCAAUGGUAGUUUUUUGCUAAAUUAUACCACAGCAUAUCAUAACUAUGAACUGAUGCCAUCCAACAGGAGACCUCUCUGUGACAGCACGACCUUCAGAGGCAACUCAGUUUUGUGUAUAAAGGCUCUGGGGCUCCAGUUAUUUUUUUGCUUUGUUUUCUUUUAUCACACUCAACAUUAGGCAGUGAGGAUGUCUGUGCUGAGUCUGUGAUUACCAGCAGAUGACUCAGUAAAGCACUGUGCCUGGUUGAUGUAUUUGAUGUAUGGCAGCACUUGGGCAUAUGCAUGCACUGGAAGUACAGGAGUGUUACCUGCAUUGGCUUUGUCUGAAAAAUCACAUCCUGGUGGCAUCUGCUGUAGUGCAGACUGGGAUGUCCAACAUCAGUGUCCUACUGUGGCUGAAAAAUGUGAACACACUUGAAAACUACUGGAGAUGGACCAGAUGUUUCCAAAUCUGUGGUUAUAAGCUAAGUAGAAGGUUACUUGUGCUCUUUUGAAAUCCUAAGCUUUUUUUUUUUUUUUAGAAUAUUUAACAUAAUUUAAAAGUUCUUCAAGUACAAAAGGGGAAACUUUCCAAUCUUUUUGAAGUAUUUGAACUUAGCAAAACUUUUCCUUUAAAAGCAGAUUGCAGCACUAGCCAAUUGUGUUAGAUAUUUUAGAUUUUAGAGCUAAGAUGAUGAUGACUGCUAACGAAGUCCUGCCUUUGCACCACAGCAGGGGUUUUCCUUUUCCCAGGUUCAGAAAAUUUCCCUCCAAAAGAGAACUGAUUUCCUGUAAUUUCAAACACUUUUUCUUGCAAUUUUGUGGAUGACACAUAAAUUGCACUCUGUGAGCCUGGUGCUGGUAUGUUGGCUCGAGUUUGUACUCUACAGUGUGAAAACAUGCUGUGAAGAGGCAGACACACCGUAAUCAAACUUGUGACGGCAGAAUACCAUCAAGGCAAAAGUUUUUGAUAUAGCACGUUCUUCAGAAGAAGGUCCCUGUCCCCACAAAUGAGCAGGCUGUUGGACACAUGGAGUGACGAAAACUGCCCUGCCCAGUCACUUUGCCUUGGUUAAUAGAGCAAAAUGUUCUGAAAAGCAGUGUGGUGGCAGAGCAGGACAAAAGCAUGAGCCAAAAAGUUACUGUAAGUGGCUCAGAUCAGCAGGGAGGCCCAGGCUGCAGGAAGUUGUGGCUCACUGGCAGCUAGACCUCCAAAUUUACCAAAUGAAUCACCUUCUCCUACAACUCACACUGCAAGUGGAACACAGACACAGCUGGCAGCCACAGGAGAAGUGAAGUCUACACCACAUUUUCUGCUGCCCAGCAGCAGGGAAAAGGAAGAUUAUACUGGGAGUUGUUAGUGUCCAACACAGCAGAAGGAAAGCAAUAUCUGACAAGCAGCAAAUGCAGCAGGACUCUGGAAAAAAGCUCCUCGUUUCUCAAUAAAUAACCCUCAGCUCCUGCACAUGUGCUGGGCUGUCCCUGGGGUUUUAAGAGCAGCAUAUCAAAGUGCGGGGUGAAGGACUCCCUGCAGAUCCUUGCACAGUGUCCUGCACGUUGCCUGCUUACAGAAUGACAGACACAAGCAUCAGCACAGUACCUUGACCCCAUGUUUUUGCAAAGGCUGUUUCUCCUUGAGAAGAGCUCAUUUUUGUGCGGCUAUUGUUGCUGCUGAGGUUAUGAGCGCCUAGUUUAUGGAGGCAUAGCAUUCAUGUAACAAAAAUAUAUCAGGGGCUGACCAAGAAUGAUGCACAGUUAGACCUAGAGAUCAGUGGCAGGUAUACACCCAAGUCCCGAAGGUAACUAUGGUAACAAAGAGACAGGCAGAACAUCUGUAAUGUUACUUUAUAAAACAAUUACUCAAAGAGUACCCUUUACUCUCUGAGUUAAUUCAGUUAGAACAUAAAUACAGUUUGUUCUUUUGUAUAAAGAAAUUUAUAUAAAAUUCCCUGCACAAUACCAUGUUUUGUUGAACAAUGACCAUCAGCUGCAUUGCAAAGUAAGAAGAAAAUAAGGAAGGUAAAAGGAAAAAAUAGAAGUGAAAUAUUUUCCUAGUCUAUACACAAAGUUCUAAAGCAAGGCUUGCAGAGGGUUACAAAGAUGGUGACAGGAAAGGAGAAGCUCUCUUAUGAGGAAAGGCUGAAGGAUCUUGGCUCAUUCAGUCUUAAGAAGGGAUGACUGAGAGGGCACCUCAUUAAUAUAUGGAAAUACCUGAAAGAAGGGUGCCAAGAGGAUGGACCAGUCUCUGCUCCGUGGCGCUGAUCAAUAGGACAAGAGGCAAUAGGCAGAAAUUGAUGUCCAGGAUGCUCUCCUUGAACAUGAGGAAGAACUUCUUUACUGUGAAGGUGUCCACACACUGGGACAGAUUGCCCAGAGAGGCUGUGGAGUCUCCCUCACUGGAGAUAUUCCAGAACCUGGACACAAUCCUGAGCAAUGUGUUUUAGGAAACCUGGCUUGAAAAGAGAGGUGGGACCAGAUGUCCGUGCUGAUGGUGAUUUGCAGCCUUACCCAUUCUGUGAUUUCGUGAUUUUAUGAUCUUAGUUCCAGAAGAUAUAUAAACUCUUAUUGGCAAGCCUGCAGAUUUUUUAUUUCUGGGAGGUAAAAUUUCUGGCCAGAGUAAUUCAGAAGAUUGCUGGAGGGCCAGUGAAGAGCAUCCCUAGGAGUGUGAAUCCAAUAACUAAUAUAAGAAUAGGCUGGUAUACAUGCAUAUAACUAAAAAAAUCAGCAAAUACUUACAUCCUCUUCUACCCCUCCAGAACAUGAACACAGUCAUGAACUUAGUUAUUACUGGAAGGUAUUCAAAUAUUGUGGGAAUAGGCACAGAAUAGUACAAAAGCAGGAAUACAAUUGAAUACUUGAAGUGGCCCAAUGCUGAAUUUAGCAGUAAAAUUAUAGAUUAGAAUCUGAAUAUGUACAUGAACACAUAAAUAUAAAAAUUUAUCAAAUAAGAAGCAGAGACUGCUGAACAAUCUCUGAGAACCAAGCCUGUAUGAAAAGCUGCAGCAACCUUUUAAGCCAUUUUUUUGUUCUCUGCCAGUUUUACUCAGCUGGGUCUGAAACUAUAAUGAUUAACAGUCUGGUAUACAAAGAUCAUUGCUAAAUGAAAUUUAGUAAUGCAUAUCAAGGUAUAGAUAUCAAAUGCAGUGGUACAGAGUUUUGCCCAGCCCUGGCUCCUUUCAAGACACAGCUGGGAAGACUAUUUCAGUAUCUUCCUUUCAGCACAGGGGUCAAAGAGGAGUGACAACACAAGCACAGCAUUUCAUGAUGAGUUGGAGCUGCCCCAAACUGCACAUAGGCCCUACUCAGUGAUGUUCCAUCCACAACACGUGUGACAGUCUGGCCCUUUAUUUGUAUAUUAGGAAGAUGUUUAUUGGCCAAGGUAUAUUAAACAGCAAGUGUUUGCCCCAUGAGGUACCACAGAGUUCCUCCUAUAGGAAGAUACGUAAAGAACAAAGUUUGAAAGAAAGGGAUAUUUGAAACUCUGGCUUCAAGAACAAAUACUAACAUUAAUGGCUAAAAGGCUUAUUGUUAUUCUUUCCCUUUCUGCUUAAUCUUUUUUUAUUUUUUUCCUGGCCCAGGGGUACCCAGGAACUGCUGUCAGCUGCCAGACAGUGGGUAAAGAGCCAUCUGACACCUGGCAAGUUUCAGCUUUUCUGCCCUGACAAAUCUGCUGUUGCCUUUGGUUCCCAGAAGAGUCUGGGUUUCAUCAGUCAAGUAUACAUGUAUUUCUCUGAGACACCCCUGGUGUGAUUUGUCACUGCCAGUUAGUACCCAGCAAGAGGUAUUUCUACUUUCACUCUCCAUUUCCCAGAUUCAUGCUAGUUCCUGGCACCUUCAGAUUCCUUUCUUAAGAGUCUGUACCUAGGUGACAAAAAUGGCUCCGUGUUGUGCAACAAAUGCCAGGAAGACACAGAAAAUUAUUGAGCUUCUUGUGUUACUUUCCCAAAAGAAAAUAAAGGCACCUGGGCUGCUGUAGGCACAGGAUGAGGGGCUCAGUGCAAGGAGGCA